AUGCCCGAACUCAGAUACAUGCAGGCCAAGGACCUGGACAAGUUCAUUGAAGAUCAUCUCCUGCCGGACACAACUUUCCGCCUGCAGGUCAGACGAGCCAUUGACAUCAUCUGCAGUUUCCUAAAGGAGAGAUGCUUCCGAUACGAGUCCCACCCUGUGCGGGUGUCGAAGGUCGUCAAGGGAGGCUCCUCUGGCAAAGGCACGGCCCUCAAAGGCCGGUCAGACGCCGACCUGGUCGUCUUCCUCAACAAUCUGAAAAGUUUUGAGGAACAGCUAAAUCUUCGAGGAAUGUUCAUUAAGGAGAUCAAAAGACAGUUGGAAGCCUGUCAAAGAGAAAGAAAGUUUGAAGUGAUAUUUGAGAUCCACGGUAACUGGCUAAGUCGCUGGCUAAACCCCCGCGUGCUCAGCUUCCGUCUGAUGUCCCCCAAGGUCAAUGAGUGGGUCAAUUUUGACGUGCUGCCUGCAUACGAUGCUCUGGGUCACGUGUUUAGUUACUACAAACCUAACCCCCAAAUCUACGUCCGGCUCAUCAAAGAGUGUUCCACGGGAGGUGAGUUCUCCACGUGCUUCACGGAGCUACAGCGAGACUUCCUGAAGCGGCGUCCGACCAAGCUCAAGAACCUCAUCCGCCUGGUGAAGUACUGGUACCAAGAGUGUUUGGAGAGGAUAGGGAAGCCUCUGCCUCCACAGUAUGCCCUGGAGCUCUUGACCGUCUACGCCUGGGAGCGUGGGAGCUACGAGACAGACUUCAACACAGCACAGGGGUUCCGGACCGUCCUGGAAUUAGUCAUAGAACACAAACAGCUGUGCAUCUUCUGGACAGAGUAUUAUGACUUUGAAAACCCCAUUAUUGCAGAAUAUCUGCGCAAACAGCUCCGGACACGCAGGCCUGUGAUCCUGGACCCUGCUGAUCCUACAGGAAACCUGGGGGCUGUCAACCAAGGGAGGUGGUCAGGGCUGGCGUCGGAGGCCGCCUACUGGCUCCAGUCCCCUUGCUUUAAGAAUCCAGACGGGUCUCCUGUGCCCUCUUGGGAUGUGCUGCCUAAGAAGGAGACGUGGUGUGGGGCCAUCAUUCGUGGGAUCCUGUGGCUGUUCAGAGGCUCCGAGCAGAGCAGACAGCCCUCCCAGAGACGCGCCACUUACCAGGCACUCUCCGCUCCACCGGCAAAGAAAAGCUGGACGUGCACCAUCCUCUGA